UGUCAACAGCUUCUUGUCAACUUUCGCUUUCUCCUGAAAGGCGAAGACAAUGUUGCACCCUAGAAAGGUCAAAUAAGUCGGCCUAAGAACGCAAAAACGCGUUUUUCAAAGUUUUUACUUUGUUGGACAGAAAAAUGGAGAGUAAAACAGGAAACUCCGAAAAGAAGGCAAGAGAAUACGACGUAUUUAAAGAUUCUCUCCUGCGAUAUCUAGGAUAUGCAAAUGAAGUGGGUGAAGCUUUUCGAGUGUUGGUCCCUGUGAGCCUGGUGAGGCUGAGCUAUGUGGUGGCCAGUACCUAUGUCGCAGCGGACUCGGUGGACAAGGGCUACAAGAUGUCCCAGAAAGUCUCUGAUUCUGCCGACUGGUCGUACAAAUGCAAGCGAGUGGGCAUUGCCACGGGAGACACUCUGGUCUGGCAAGGUUUUGCGUCUGUUGCUGUGCCAGGUUUCACCAUCAACCGCAUCUGCUGGGCGUCGCGCCAUGUCCUGUCCCGCGUGGCAAGUCUCCUGGCCCCCGUGCGGAACUGGAGCGUGGUCGCCAUCGGCCUCGGCUGUAUCCCGUUCAUCAUCAAGCCCAUAGACCGAGCCGUCGAUCACGCCAUGGACGCAACCCUCAGGAAGUUGUAUGAGAAUCCUUAACGACAGACUCUUAGCUAGGAUCUCAUAUCAUUCUCUUUUUUAAAAUUUAAAAUUUAAAACAAGGUACAUGCAUUUUAGAUUCCAGUGCAGUUACGUCAUUUUUGACUAACUGAAUGCAAUGUCCAAUAUCAAUGGUUUUGGUUGACGAGUGACCAACAUUUAUAUUUCUUAGGAGGUAGAAGAUAACUGGAAUUUUGUAUCUUUACUUUUGGAACUGUUUUUAGAGCUGCUGUUUUGGCUCUUUCAUUUUAUCUAAAUGUUCCUGUAAAGUACAGAAUUGUGUUCUAUGAUUAUAUCUCAAACCUGGAACAAAUCUCAAACGUGGUCAGUUUACUUCCAACAUCGUUGAUGUUACUUUCUCUCAAUGUGCGACGGUGCUGGGUUGUGGAAAAAACGCGUUGUGACCUAGUCGUCUCCCUUCUCACCAGGUUCCUGAUGCCCGUCUGUAUAUUCCAGUGGAAGUCUUCCUAGUCUAUGCUGUAGUUAUUUUUAUAAUCUCAGGAUCUGGUGGCUUUUCUACAUGAUUAUGGUUUGAUGUAUGUUCAAAUUCAGGAGACAGUGUGUACACAUUCAUUCCAGAUUUGUCUUUGUGUGUUUGGAUGAGGAGAGACGGAUCAGUGCAGUAGGGCAGACCCCAGGCCUGUGCUAUUGACUGAAGUGUCUUUGUGUGUGCUUGGAUGAGUGACAGAUCUGUGCAGUAGGGCCUUCACAGUAGCAGCCUGUGUCGUGUGUUUUGACAGCAAAAUCUUCCACCAUUCUUGGCUGCUGACCUGUUUGGAUGUUUAUGUUAACUCUUUGAACCCCAUCAGACGCUGGGAGCAUCCAGCACUAGUGACAACUGUUUUGUUUUAUAA